AACGUCACUUCGAAUUUCUUUUUGUAAUGAAUGUAAAAAUCUAAUAAACAGUGUUCUUUGUUAUGUUUAAUAAACAGAAUAAGUGUAUGUGUUGUUGUGUUAGUGUUUAAAAUGGCAGACUUCGACGCUAUAUAUCCAGACGAGACGGAGCCUGAGGAGAAUAUAGAGGAGAUGCAUGUGACGUUAGUGCCCGACCCAAUAGUGGUCCGAGGAGCUGGUAACAUGACAGUCUUUGGUCUGAGCAACCGCUUCAACGGUGAAUUCCCGUCGGGCUUGCAGUCGCGCGUGGCGCCCGAAGAGUACCAGGCGACGGUGGCGCGUAUCAACUGCGUACUCAAGAAGACGCUGCCCGUCAACGUCAAGUGGCUGUUCUGCGGCUGCGUGUGCUGUUGCUGUACCCUCGGAUGCUCUCUAUGGCCCGUCAUUUGCCUAAGCAAGCGGACCCAACACUCCCUUAACAAACUCCUGGAAUGGGAGAACAGUCGGCUAUACCACAAGCUGGGGCUCCGAUGGCGUCUCACCAAGCAGCACUGCGACUCUUCCUCAAUGAUGGAGUAUGUGCUGCUCAUAGAGUUCAUACCAAGAAUUCCCAUAUACAGGCCCGACUAAUGGCAGACCAUGUUAAAUGUAAAUAUGAAACUUAUUUUAAAUGAAAGCUUCCAAUUGCAUAGGCGGCGCGGCAAUCAUAUGUAUUAUAAGUAGAACAGUGUGAUAUAAACCUUAUUUUGUAAGAAAUAAGAUGCUUAUUCCUGUAGGUUUUAUUUGAUCGAGUAGUUUCGCGUUCGUAUUUUGUACGCAGCAGCAAAUAUUAUUUAACAUAACUUUUAAUAUGCAAGCAAUAAUAUGAAAUGUAUAUAUGUUGAAGAGUUGAAGGAUAGUAGGUACCGCGUAUAAUUAGCUAUCUCCUUAAGAGUACCCGAACUUAUAUUUGGUACCUUUUAAUUUCUAAUGGCAAGAAAUAAAUAGGAAGAAGCUCGCAGACGUGCGCUCGUGGAGUACAUGGAGAGGUUUUAUAGGGGAGGGGUCUUGACUGUUGAAUCCCUGAUACCACAUGGUGCGAUGUCGCGAUUGCGUGUCAUAUCUUGUUGUAGUGAUCAUCAGUUUUUGUAGUAGAUGUGGCCAAAAUUGGCGCUCAGGAAAUGGUCUCUUCAAGAGAAUGCCUUCUAGUUAAUGUGAGAAUCGUCUACUCUAAACUUCAACGCCUGAACUAAAGAACGGUUAUGAUUUAUUUUUAUAUAAGCGAUAAAAAAAACUAUUUAGUAAAAAAAAAAAUUGGCCACGCGACGUCCAGCGGAUGUGAUCUUUCUUGACAGUAGAUAAAACUUGUAAUUAAUACAAGAGAUUCGAGGCGAAAAUUAUUUAUAAAAAUAGGGUUUCGUUAAUAAAAAUGAAAAAAUUAUUUACUUAUUACUUUAAUCAUUUUAUUAAUGACAGAAUAUUAAUACAAAAGAAGAAUAAAUCAAGGUUUUACAUGAGAUCUUUUAUCGAAGCUGAUCUAUAGUUUAAUAAUCGACUCACUAUUAUUUUAAUAAAACGUCUUAUUUCUUUACAGAUGAGGUAUAUAUUGGACUUCUCUUAUUUUAAAGCUCGUAAACUUUACAUAAAAUGUAUUAUAAUGCAGCGCCGCCAGUGGGAUUCUUUAUUGUAAACGAGCUACGCCAGUCUUGUAUUGACUAGCGAAUAUGUAUCCCAAAUAAAAUCUGAAUCUUGGAAGUACAUAGUCGUGUACUAGUCCUUAGAUCCAGUUUUAUAUAUUGUAUGAAUUCAGCUAAAUCCAUAUAAUAAAUGAUCCGUCUAAAGGCAAAGUAAACCGAGGCGACCAAUCCGCAUCCGCGGUAACGUGCUUACCGACCAAUCGCGAUUGUUUCAGCAAGUCCUGUGAUUGGUCGCACGCAGGACGCAAACAGGAAUGUGUGGCGGUCUCCAUGUAUACAAACUAGAUGGAUGGAUGGAUCAAAUCCAAGUUUGACACAUGAGUGACAUAUACAGGGUUAAAUAAAAAAUACCAGAAAGCUCUCGGCUUGUAGUUGUUUACACUUAAACUAACAACUUUUGUUCUGCGACUUUUUUUUAUCCGACAGUUGGUGAAUUCCAUUUCAAUAUUUUACGUUACGUUACACUACUUGUUACUACUCUGUAAUGUAACAUCGGUAACAGCGCGCGAACCACAUAUAUAUAUUUGGUAUGUAUACUUCACAGAAAUAACAUUAUUUAAAUAAAUUAAACUGGAUUUUAAAAAGUCUUAAACAAAAGUAAAAUUGUUUGGAUUAAUUAUACGAACUUUCUGGUUUUUUUUCCCUGUAUAUAUAAAAAUUGCAAAGAUGAAUGGCCGAACCUUGGUCCCCGAGUAACAAACCAGCUCGGAGGAAAUCAUCCUAUUCUUACGGUCGAUCACAAGCCAUAGUUUCCCUAUAAACGUCACUGCUAAUGCGGGUUGGACUUUUUG